GUUGAUGAGACAAAAAUUAUGGAAUCCCAAAGAGAAGAGCAUGCUUCCAAACUACUUGGAGCUCAAACCCACAUAUGGAAUCACAUUUUCAGCUUCAUAAACUCUAUGUCCCUUAAAUGUGCUAUUGACUUAGGCAUACCAGAAGUCAUUCACAACUAUGGCAAACCAAUGCCACUCUCCCAACUUAUUGCUUCACUCUCAAUCCACCCUUCCAAAACCUCCUUCAUCUACCGCUUGAUGCGAAUGUUGACCCAUUCUGGUUUCUUCACUCAACAGAAUACCAUCGAGAAUGAGCUAGAAAUGGGUUAUGUCCUCACUGAAGCAUCUUCCCUACUACUUAAGGACAACCCCUUAAGUCAAAGGCCUUUCUUGCUUGCCAUGCUUGAUCCAAUUUUGACUAUGCCAUGGCAACAGUUGCCUACAUGGUUUCAAAAUGAUGAUCCUACGCCGUUUCAGAUGACACACGGGAUGAAAAUUUGGGAUUAUGCUGGCCAUGAGCCAAGACUUAAUCACUGUUUCAAUGAUGCCAUGGCAAGUGAUGCUAGAUUGGUUGCAAGUGUUGUAAUUGAGAGGUGCAAGGGAGUGUUCAAUGGAUUGGAAUCACUUGUAGAUAUUGGGGGAGGCACUGGCACUAUGGCUAAGGCAAUUGCCAAAUCAUUCCCACAACUUGAGUGCACUGUAUUUGAUCUUCCACAUGUUGUUGCUGAUAUGCAAGGAAUUGACAACCUUAAAUAUGUUGGAGGAGACAUGUUUGAGUCAAUUCCUUCUGCUAAUGCCAUUUUACUGAAGUGGAUAUUGCAUGACUGGAAUGAUGAGCAAUGUGUGAAAAUAUUGAAGAAAUGCAAGGAGGCAAUCACUAGCAAAGGCAAAGAAGGAAAGGUGAUUGUAAUAGACAUGGUGAUGGAGAAUGAAAAGGAAGAUGAUGAAUCAAUUGAAACACAGCUCUUCAUUGAUAUUCUGGUGAUGGUGUUGUACCCUGGAAAAGAGAGGAAUGAGAAAGAAUGGGCCAAGCUAUUUUUCUCUGCUGGUUUCAGUGAUUAUAGGAUAACUCCAGUGCUGGGCUUAAGGUCUCUCAUUGAGGUUUAUCCAUAGUGACUUUUUAUUUCUUAAUAAAG